UCAGAUGAGGCGGCGCGUGAGCGCGGCUCCUCUCGACGCUCCACCAGCUUGUCACCAAAGAUGGCGAUUUGCUGAGUGCUCAUGGAUACACACAUUUAUCGGCUAGCUGUUAUCUUACCCAAAACGCCAACUUUAAAAACACAUUAACUGCAAAGCGGGCAGCUGUUUCUUCCCACUAGGAGCACCUCUGACGGGACGUCAGACUUCGCUACGAUGCAAAUCACGCUGAAAACGCUACAGCAGCAGACUAUUCAGAUUGAGAUAGACCCCGAUCAAACGGUCAAGGCCUUGAAAGAGAAGAUAGAGGCUGAACGUGGAAAAGACAACUUUCCUGUUUCUGGACAGAAACUGAUAUAUGCUGGCAAAAUCUUGCAAGAUGACACACCGAUUAAGGACUACAAAAUCGAUGAGAAGAAUUUUGUUGUAGUGAUGGUGUCUAAGGCCAAACCUGCAGCUGUAGCCUCGACACCGGUCUCAGAAGCUUCCAAGCCCCCUGUACAGGACUCUGGCUCCACAUCAGCACCCGCCCCAGCAUCAAACCCUGCUCCAGCUCCCACCCCAGCAGCUGUCCCUAUUCCUUCUGAGGAGGCCAAACCAGAGCCAAAUGCUGCAACCACAGAACCACAACAACCAGCCAGCUCCAGUGGUGGGACUCUGGGCCUGGAUGCUUCCUCAGCACUUGUGACAGGAGCCGAGUACGAGGCCAUGCUGACGGAGAUCAUGUCCAUGGGCUACGAGCGGGAGAGGGUGGUGGCAGCGCUACGAGCCAGCUUCAACAACCCCCACAGAGCUGUGGAGUACCUCCUCACUGGUAUCCCCAGCAUCCCAGUUCAGGAGAGUAAUCCACCAGCGCAGGCCCCCACAUCUGGACCCACAGAGGCCCCAUCUUUAGCAGAAGGAGAAAACCCACUUGCAUUCCUGCGCACACAGCCCCAGUUUCUGCACAUGAGACAGGCCAUCCAGCAGAACCCGGCUCUGCUCCCAGCUCUGCUCCAGCAGCUCGGUCGUGAGAACCCUCAACUCCUACAGCAAAUCAGCCAGCACCAGGAGCUGUUCAUCCAGAUGCUGAACGAGCCGGUGGGAGAGGGGGGGGACCCGCCCGAGGUUGGUGAGAUGGGGGCAGCAGGAGAGGAGGGCGCCCCCGUCAACUACAUCCAAGUUACGCCUCAGGAGAAGGAAGCCAUAGAAAGGUUAAAAGCACUGGGUUUCCCCGAGGCCCUGGUGAUCCAGGCCUAUUUCGCCUGUGAGAAGAACGAGAACCUGGCAGCCAACUUCCUCCUCAACCAGGGACUGGAAGAUGACUGAGCGGGGGGAGGGGGGCAGCCUCCCCCCUCCUCCCCUCCCCCUUUCUCAGCUCAGCAUAAAGACUGCACCCACACGUUUUACUGUACCAGCCCCGACAGGAGGGAGGACGGUCAUCAGGGAGGGGGCGGGGCAGAGACAGGUGCAGGUCUGGAGGUUGUGUGCAGGAAAGGUUAGGGUAAAAAACAAAACGUGGAAGAACUACACAAUCCACAUGAGUUCCAAUGGAAUGAGUGGGGUCGCUUAGGGGAGAGGUGAUUUUAGAUGCGCUUGUGAACAUGAGGGGGGAGGGGGUGCGUGCUUGUGUCUGCGUGUGUGAGUACAUGUCUGUGUGUGCAAAUGAAUCCAGUUAGGCUGAAAAAUGUUCAUCAAUCCUCCAUUCUCUAAGUUUGUUCAUGCUGUAGCACGGCGGUAGGGAAGCAUGCUCUCCUCGUUACACUCGGACAACGUGAUUGGCUGCUCGCCUGGUCCUCCGAACGCCCGCAUACACCCAGGAAGGAAGUUAGACAGGAUGGACUGGACCGUGCUGCCCGGCGUCCAUCUCUGCAGCAGCGAGGUGUUUACCACAUCGUCUGGUUUGGUCGUUGACUCCUUCAGCUGUCUCUCUCUCUCUCUCACACACACACACACACACACACACACACACACACACACACACACACACACACACACACACACACACGCACACAGACACAUUGGUUAUUCCGAUGGAGAAUAUUCAUCAGUAGUGAUAGUACAUUAUACACGUGUGCGGCAGGAAGGAUAAGGACAGGUUCUGACUUCAGACUGGUCAUCCCUCUUGUGCACCAGGAAGUGGCCCAUUCAGUCAUAUAUGCAGCUAAAGCAUCCCCCAACAGCUGUUAGAAAUAAGAUCUUCUGUAUAUCUCUCACUUUUCAUGCUCUCUUGCUUCUAAAACACAUUUUUAUUUUCCCUGAUGAGUGCUUCCUGUUCUAACCACUGGUCUGUGCUGAUGAACCAGGACACCGAUGGGCAGGGCAGGACUACACCUGAGCACUCAGCUGUAACUGUUCACGGAAAACUGCACUCUAAAGUCUCUGUUACCAGAAUAAAAGCAUUUCAGGAGUUAAAAAUAAAAAUCAACUUCAUGUUG